ACCACCAGCUGAAGGGUUGUUCAGGUCUUACGGCCCCACGAUUUCCCCGUCUUCCCGCCGGCCGGAGAAGGAGCGGGCCAAAUAAUUGAGGAAAGAAGUGACUCGAAAAUAUAUGGUAACGCCGAGCGAUUCCAGCAUCAUGCUGAGCAUCACGAUUAAAACGCUGCAGUUGGGUGAUUUUCAGCUGCAAGUACCCGCUGAGUCUUCUGUGUCAGCGCUUAAAGUCCAAGUCAAGGACUGCACCCAAAUUCCUGAAGAGAGGCAACGGCUGAUCUAUAGAGGUCGCGUUUUGCAGGACGGGGAGCACCUCAGCACGUAUAAUGUCGAGGCCGGGCACACUAUUCAUUGUGUCGCUCGCCCAGCCGGCGUGCCUGUCUCUUCCUCUCAGCCUCCAGUCCCACGCACAGGGCUAGCCACCGGCACAGCACCUGGCGGUGCUUAUCGCCGUAUUUUGAUGGGUGGUCCUCACGUCUUUGGGGGGCGAGGGGGAAGUCUAGCGGCGGGAAUGGCGGCGGCAGCCGCGUCGGCGGGUGUGCUAGCUCCCGUUCCUGGAGGGGCCCACCGGGAGGCCGACGUCAAUCCGCAGAGUCUCGAGCACGUUCGUCAAGGGCUCAUGACCAUGUAUUCUCUGUUGUCAGGGAUGCAAGCUCCGACUGCCAUGGUGCAGGGGAGCGCAGGAGAAGGGUCUGGGCAGACGGCUUCAAUGACCCGAGGGCGGGCGCGGGCGCUGCAGACGGACGAAAGAAGCCUGGCGCUUGAAAUGGGCCACGCUGGAGAGCGGCGUCGUUGGUAUCCAGGGCAGUACGUCGACGUCAAAGACACGGUUCACCAGUGGCUGGAAGCUCAGGUCCUGUCCGUGGACGAGGAACGGCGAACCUGCCGCGUCACCUACUUGGGAUGGCCGCGUCGCUGGGAUGAGACGCUGAGCUGGAGCAGCCCUCGAAUCGCCCCUUUUCGCACGCGAACGACGCACAACCUGCAGGCGCCGUUUUUGUCACCAACACCGCUUGCUGCCCCGCGCCUGCCCCUGCCCGUGCGGGGACGGGAUGAUCUCCGACGGGUCUUGCCCGAAGCUUGA